GGCUCCUUGCUACCGUCGUCCCAGGUCUUUGCCAGCGAAUGGCCGCAAUGGCUAAAAGCAACAGCGAAGGAGCGCAUGACUUCGUGAAGAACUCAAAGGUUGGCUCCGCCACUGGGUUCAUGAUGGUGGCUGGCAGCAUGCUCGCUAUUCCUCACAAGACCGGCACCAAGAUGAAGAUGCAGACGGCGCCACGUUUCAGUGGCGUCUCAGAGUAUCAGGAGUGCUACAAGGAGAUUCCGCACUGCUAUGCAUCGAUGGAUAGGAAGCCGCUCAUUGCGUACCAUCCCAACGCCACGCGAUCGCGCUUGGCCGAGGAGGAUGCUCCAGUGCCUCUGAAGAAUGCAUCAACCAUUGCCUUCCAGGACCGAUUCUGUGUUCACAAUCGUCGCUUUGUGACGACACACAAGAAUUACUACACUGGGGAGAUGCCAGACAUGAGGAGUAAUCCGGGGAUGAUUGCCGACUCGACCCGCUUGAAGCGAAUGCUCCAAGACAAGUGAUGUGGAGCUGGGUGCUGAAUGGCUUGGAAUGACGAACUGUGGGACGUUUCUCCAGUUGUGCCAAUGAUAUUGGAACACGCAUGAACAUGUAUAAAAU